CGGUUGUGGCUCCCGAUUCCUGCCCAGCGGAGUCCAACUCUUUGUCAUCCCCGCAUCCCUCCCCUCUGGCCGCCAGCUCCGCAUCCCGCUCCGGCUGCCGGGACUCGGAGCUGCAGCCGUGCUUGGGGGCGAGGCGGAGCUGAGCCGCUUGGCAGAGUUUGCGGGAGGAAUCCCAGGGCUGCUUUGGGAAGUUGCAGCUCCCUUCGUUCUGGAUUUAUGUGCGAGGACACGGGGCCGUGGUGGGGACACGGGGCUGCGCUGGGACCGCUCGCAGAGUCCUGGCGUGUGCCGGGGGAUGUUUGUUUGGAUGUGGAUUGGGGAAGGAAGGCUCGGGAGGCUCCAGCGCUGCCCUUCAUCACCGCCUGCUCUCGCUUUCCCUUUGGAAUUCCGCUAAGCUGGGCAGCCCGGCUUUGCCAAGGGAAUGCGGAGCGAUGGAGCGAGGCUCUCCCCGCGCCUCCGAGCACAGCCAGCUCCUCCCGUCAUUCCCUCGCCGCUGGAUGGUGCCUUCGGAUACCGCAGAGCGUUUCUCUAGUUAAACACACCUUUUCUUGGAAUUCUCUUUUUUUUUUUUUCCCUCUAUUAGCCAAGAAAAACUUUGCAACUUUCCUUCGCUGUCGGAGAGGAGCCACUGCCGCUGCUGCGUUUCAUUUUGUUUUUUUAAUUCGAGGUCACGUGUGCGUUGACAGUGUCUUUGAUUCCAAGCGAUGGUCUCGUCUCCAGCUUAGGAAGAGCUUUUGAGCUCUUCCCUCUGUUGUUUUCUCUCUGUUCAGGAACAAAGAGAUUUUUUUCUGCCUUUAAUUAAAAGGAAUAUUAAUUCCCUGCUCCUUUGUCGGGCGACUUGAAGACACUCUGCAAACAUCCGUCUGCUCGGCGCCGCGGUGGGCUGAGCUGUGCCGUGGCACAGGGCAUGGAGAAAUGGGGGAACCAUCCCGAAAUCCCACGGCAAACACGGAGCGGCAGCCGGGGAGGAUGCUGACAGCCGCGGUGCUCGGAUAACGCGGAGACUCCGGCCGCCACCAUGCCCGACUCGCCGGCCGAUGUGAAGACUCAGGCCCGCUCCACGCCGCCCAGCAUGCCCCCACCGCCGGCCGCCACGCAGGGAGCCACACGCCACCCCUCCUUCACACCCAGCACCAAUCGAGACGCUGGCCCUCCGACGUUUCUGCCUCGCGGCCGUUUUCAUGGUUGCUUGAAAUGGUCGAUGGUCUGUCUUUUGAUGAACGGGAGCAGCCACUCGCCGACCGCCAUCAAUGGGGCUCCGUCCACCCCCAACGGGUUCAGCAACGGCCCGGCCACCUCCUCCAGCGCCUCCCUGUCCACCCACCAGCUCCCUCCGGCCUGCGGCGCCCGCCAGCUCUCCAAGCUCAAGCGCUUCCUCACCACCCUGCAGCAGUUUGGGAACGACAUCUCCCCCGAGAUCGGGGAGCGGGUGCGCACCCUCGUCCUGGGGCUCGUGAACUCCACCCUCACCAUCGAGGAGUUUCACGCCAAGCUCCAAGAGGCCACCAACUUCCCGCUGCGACCCUUCGUCAUCCCCUUCCUCAAGGCCAACCUGCCGCUGCUGCAGCGGGAGCUGCUGCACUGCGCCCGCAUGGCCAAGCAGACCCCGGCCCAGUACCUGGCCCAGCACGAGCAGCUGCUGCUGGACGCCAACGCCUCCUCUCCCAUCGACUCCUCCGAGCUGCUCCUGGAGGUGGGCGAGAGCGGCAAGAGGAGGACGCCAGACAGGACCAAAGAGAACGGUUUGGACCGAGACCCCCUGCACCCCGAGCACCUCAGCAAGCGGCCGUGCACCAUGAGCCCAGCGCAGCGCUACAGCCCCAGCAACGGGCUGAGCCACCCCCCGAACGGGCUGGGGCACCCCCCGGCCGGGCCCCCCCUGCCCCAGCACUACCGCCUGGAGGACAUGGCCAUGGCACAC